AUGGCAGCGACUGAGGCAUAUUCAGAACAGUUUCAAGGUACCGACUGGGCCACAUGGGCGGAACGCUUGACGUUCUUCUUCGAAGCGCAAGGAAUCACAGACCCUAUUAAAAAAAGGGCCCAACUGCUUACAAGAUGCGGACCCCAGACGUUUGCGACGAUUCGAGCUUUGCUCGCUCCUCGGAGCUUGCAUGACGCCACGUACCAGGAGAUUGUGGAACUGCUCCGGAAGCACUACGACCCGCAACCCUCCGAGGUUUUCAGCAGAUGCAAAUUCCAAAGGAGAGAUCAACAAGCUGGGGAAUCCAUUAAUACCUACGUAACAGCACUGCGUAAACUUGCAGCUGACUGUAACUUCGGUGCUGCGUCCACUCCGACAGGAACAGCGGUGGAAACAGCGGCGUCAUCAACAGGUGCUGGCACCGCUACGUCACCGGCGACUUCGUCCACGAUGCUUCCGCUUGAUAUUAUGCUCAGAGAUAGAUUUGUCUGUGGCAUAAAGGAUAGCAAUCUGCAACAACGACUAUUUGCGGAAAGGGACCUAACGUUCAGCAAAGCACUGGAUUUUGCGUUGCGGGCAGAAAGUGCAGCGGCUGAGCAACAUGGCGUGAAAGCAUCUCAGGAAGAAGUACACAAGGUAAAGCUCCAACAGAAACACGGCAAUAGGACAAGGAAAAACCAACGCAAAGUUAGUUGCUACCGUUGUGAAGGGGCACACUUUGCAAGAGACUGCAAGUACAAGAAUGCCCGAUGUAGAUUCUGCAAGAAGGUGGGCCACAUUGAAGCCGCGUGUCGUAAGAAAAAAGCAGCUGGCAAAAGCGACACCAACCUGUUGACAGAAGACGAGGAUGGAGCAACAUCACUGGAUGAUCUGUACCAUGUCGCGCAGAAGGUAUCGAACUCCAAGUUCUUAACAACGUUACUCGUUAACGACAAGCCAGUACAGUUCGAAGUGGACUCUGGCGCGGCUUGCUCACUCAUUGCCGAGGAAAUGUACAAAAACACGUGGCCAGAGAAGCCGCCCCCACUAGCUCCGGGAACAGUACAGCUCAAAACAUGGUCGGGUGAAGGGCUCGACAUCUUGGGAUCCACAACUGUCGUGGUCCAGUCCAGGAGGAAGAAGUGCAUGUUGCCGCUAUUAGUAAUAAGGGGAUCAGGAGCAAGUCUGCUUGGCAGAAAUUGGUUUCGACCACUACAGAUCGAAGUAAGCGGAAUCAACUAUGUCAACGGCGACUGUCUAGAACGAAUACUCGAGGAACACAAAGAGGUCUUUGGAAAGGACAUCCAAGGCCACAGAGGCGAUCGGGUAGACAUCCAGCUUCAGGAUAGAGCAACGCCGAAAUUCUGCAGGGCAAGGCCUGUGCCAUUUGCCCUACGGGAAGCCGUAUGCGCAGAACUACAAUGCCUAGAACAGCAGGGGAUCAUCGAGCCGGUGCAGCAUUCCGAGUGGGCAACUCCGGUGGUGUGCGUUCGGAAGAAGGACAACACCAUACGACUAUGUGGGGACUAUCGGAGCACAAUUAAUGCAGCAGCGAUGAAGGCGGAUUAUCCACUGCCUACGCCAGAUGAGGUGAUGAGCAAACUGCAAGGAGGCACGCUCUUUUCCACGUUGGACAUGACACAGGCGUAUCAACAGUUGAGAGUGACAGAGACAACCGCACAGCAGUUGACCAUCAAUACCGUGAAAGGCCUGUACAAAGUCAAGCGGUUACCAUUUGGAAUAGCAGCAGCUCCUGCUAUAUUUCAGAGGUUUGUCGAGAAGCUUCUAGCUGGCAUUGACGGCAUCGCAGUCUACCUAGACGACAUCAUUAUCAGUGGAGCAGACCAACAACAGCACAAUCGACGUCUGGAAACAGUACUGGCAAGACUGGAACAGUCCGGACUGAGACUUAAGAAAACAAAGUGCAAAUUUGCACGUGCCGAAGUGGAAUUCUUAGGACAUAACAUCACAGGUUCGGGCGUGCGGCCGACAGAUGCAAAAAUACGGGCACUACUGAAAGCUCCUGAGCCAACGUCGAAAGAGACCUUACAGUCAUUCCUCGGAAUGUUAGCCUUCUAUGAUCGUUUUUUGAAAGACAGAGCAACUACGGCAGCACCACUCUAUAAACUGCUUGCGAAAAACGCAACGUGGAAGUGGACCACGGAACACAAGACUGCAUUUGAGGCGCUCAAGGAACAGAUUUGCCAUGCUCCUGUGCUGGCCCACUACGACCCACACAGACCACUGAUACUAUCAUGCGACGCUUCGCCGUACGGCGUGGGUGCGGUACUCGCGCAAGAAGACAAUGAAGGCAACGAAAGACCUGUCGCUUUCGCAUCCAGGACCUUGGGACCAGCAGAGAGAAAUUACUCUCAACUAGACAAAGAAGGCCUGGCAAUCGUGUAUGCGGUUGUACAUUUCCACAUGUACUUAGCGGGUCGACACGUGCAAAUAUACACUGACCACAAGCCGUUACUCGGGAUCCUCGGAACUACGAAACCUGUGCCAUAG